AUGAAGACAGAGAAGGGGACGUUGGCGAUGGGCUUCUGGAAAGAGGAGGACAAGGCUAUGGCUAUGGCUGUGCUGGGCGCUAAGGCGUUUGACUACAUAACCACCGUCCAUUUGUCGUCGGAGGGCCUCACGGCGAUCGGCGGGGACUCCGAUCUCCAGGACAAGCUGGCGGCACUGGUGGAUGGCCCCAAUCCCUCCGGCUUCACCUGGAACUAUGCGAUAUUUUGGCAAAUCUCAAGAUCCGCGACCGGCGACAUCGUGCUUGGCUGGGGCGAUGGCCACUGCCGGGAGCCUCGAGAGAGGGAGGACUUCUCUCAGCGCGGCUGGCAGCAGCACUUCGACGAGACACACCAGCAUAUGAGGAAGCAAGUCCUCCAGAAUCUGAGUGUAUUUGCCGGCGGCUCCGACGACGAGAACUACGCCCUCCGGCUGGACAGAGUCACGGACACAGAGAUGUUCUUCCUCGCCUCCAUGUACUUCUCCUUUCCCCAGGGAGAGGGCGCCCCAGGUAAGGUAUUUGCAUCCGGCAAUCACCUCUGGAUUUCCGACGCCUUGCCCGAGUCCUCCCUCUCCGAUUUCUGUGUCCGGGGAUUCCUGGCAAGAUCGACGGGGAUAAGGACGAUUGUGCUGGUGCCUACCACGAAUGGAGUCCUCGAAUUGGGGUCGGUUACUCCAUUGAGCGAGAAUGCAGGAGCCAUACAGACGAUCAAAUCCAUUCUUUCAUCUGGGCCGGUCAAGCAUGUGCCCGCAGGAUCGGACAAGGAAGACAACCAAACCACCGCGGCCACCGCGGCCAACGCGUCUAGUUUUGGGUUCAUACCGCGGCCAGAGGAACGUCCGAGGAUUUUUGGCAAGGAUCUGAAUCUCGGGCAGCCUCAGACGGAUGAGAGACUGACUGUGGCAAAGAUGGAGGAGAAGCAGCAGUGGGACUCGGAAACCAGCAAUGGUGGUGGUGGCAAGAUUCGGUCUCCAAACAGUAGAAAGGAUCUUCAUCUUUUAAAUUGGACCCAGUCUCAUCGUGUGGAUGCAAAUCAAGCUCAUAUGGACAACCAGCAGAAAUUCAGCACUGGAGUCGUGAUAGCUGAAGCGGAUGCCUGCCGCCGACCUUUUGGGCAUCACAGCAACGGGGCCAGGGAGGACCCCCAGCAGAGCCACUUCCCACCGAAGAGGCAGCGUUCUCUGCCAGCUCCGCCAACACAACCCAGGCAAAUUGAUUUUUCACGGGCAGUUGGGACCUCAAUGGCAGUGCCUGUCAAAUCCCACACCAACAGUCUGCAGGUUGAGCAGUCUGACGCCAGCCUUGUUUCCAGCAAGGAAGACAGACCCUACCCUCCGGAGGAGCGGAAGCCCCGGAAGAGAGGAAGGAAGCCUGCCAACGGCAGAGAGGAGCCCCUCAACCAUGUAGAAGCUGAGAGGCAGAGGAGGGAGAAGCUCAACCAGCGGUUCUAUGCCCUAAGAGCUGUGGUGCCCAACAUCUCAAAGAUGGACAAGGCCUCCCUGCUUGGCGAUGCCAUAUCCUACAUCAACGAUCUGCAGAAGAAGUUGAAGGAGAUGGAAUUGGAGAGGGAGAGAUUCUCCGAGGUGACUGUGGUGGAUGCCAGGAAGCGGGCGGAGUGCCCUUAUGUUGACGUCCAGGUGGUGCACAAUGAGGUGAUCGUUCAGGUGAACUGCCCUUUGGAGACUCAUCCCGUUUCCAAGGUCAUCAGUGUGUUCAACGAGGAACAGAUCGAUGUUGUGGACGCGAAGAUCUCGGUCGGCAGUGACACGGUCUUCCACACCUUCGUUGUCAAGCCCCAGGGCUCUGAACAGCUGACGAAAGACAGGUUGGUUGCCGCUCUUUCUCGGGAGAUCAAUUCUUCAUAG